CGGCACGGGAACACGUGCAGGGUUUCUCGAGCUGAAGAAAAAACAGUUUACAAACUUCAGCUUUUAGACGCUUUCGUCUUGUCGCCUGUUUUUCUUCUGUGGAAAGCUUUGCCGGACAAGUUGUCACCAUGGUGAAGCCUCAGUUUAAGGGGAAAAGCUCGAUAAACCCCUCGUCGUCCAGCAGCAACCCUGAUCGAGUCAAGGGAGCUGGUGGCAACAACAUGAGGGACCGAACCACUAUCAAACGUCUGAAUAUGUACAGACAGAAAAAAAGAUGUAAUAAACAAGGAAAAGUCAUCAGACCCCUACAGUUCCAGUCCACCGUCGCUCCAGGGACAGUGGCCAGAGUUGAACCCAACAUCAAAUGGUUUACAAAUACUCGGGUCAUCAAGCAGUCAUCCCUCCAGAAGUUCCAGGAAGAGAUGGGGGCAAUCCAGAAAGAUCCAUAUCGUGUGGUGAUGAGACAAAGCAAACUACCAAUGUCCCUCUUGCAUGACAGAGUCAAAGCCCAUAACUCCAAGGUACACAUUUUAGACACAGAAGGUUUUGAGACCACGUUUGGACCUAAAGCUCAAAGAAAAAGGCCCAGUCUCAUGGUGGGGGAUGUGAAGGACCUCUUGGAGAAAGCGGAGGCUUCAGCACUAAGCUACAGUGCAGACAAAGACAAAGACCUGGAAACUGAGGACACGGGUGUCCGAGAGGAAGCACGUGAAGAGAUUUUCAAGAAGGGUCAGUCCAAGAGGAUCUGGGGAGAACUUUACAAGGUCAUUGACUCAUCUGAUGUCAUCAUCCAAGUGCUGGAUGCCCGUGAUCCCAUGGGAACGCGCUCCAAGAGUAUAGAGUCGUAUAUGAAGAAAGAAAAACCUUGGAAACAUCUGAUCUUUGUUCUCAACAAGUGUGACCUCAUCCCCACUUGGGUUACGAAACGGUGGGUGGCUCUUUUGUCCCAAGAGAACCCGACUCUGGCCUUCCACGCCAGCCUCACCAACUCUUUUGGGAAGGGCUCCCUCAUUCAGCUCCUCAGGCAGUUUGGCAAACUCCACACAGACAAGAAACAGAUAAGUGUGGGUUUUAUUGGCUAUCCAAAUGUGGGAAAGAGCUCCGUGAUCAACACUCUGCGGUCCAAAAAGGUCUGCAACGUGGCACCCCUUGCUGGAGAAACAAAGGUGUGGCAGUACAUCACUUUGAUGAGGCGGAUCUUCCUUAUUGACUGCCCCGGCGUUGUCUACCCGUCAGAGGACAGUGAAACUGAUAUUGUACUGAAAGGAGUGGUCCAAGUGGAGAAGAUCAAGAACCCAGAAGAGCAUAUCGCGGCAGUUCUAGAGCGAGCCAAGCCAGAGUACAUUCAGAAGACCUACCGGAUCCCUACGUGGAAAAAUGAUGAGGAUUUUCUCGAGAAGCUGGCAUUUCGUACUGGAAAACUUCUGAAGGGAGGUGAGCCAGAUCUUUCCACAGUCUCCAAAAUGGUGUUAAAUGACUGGCAGAGGGGACGCAUCCCAUUCUUUGUGAAACCUCCUGGAGCUGAAGGAGAUGAAGAGAGUGACAAACCAUUGGCAGUGGAAGGACCACCAGGUGCAGUGGAGAGUGUAGAGGAGGAACAGCUGGACGAUCAGGACACCGUCUCAGGAGAGCAACAGCAGCAGAUGAAAAUGCAGAAACAGAAGGAGCAAGUACAGGAGAUCCUUGCUAACGUGCGACAAAACUUUGGCAAGAUCAACGUGGCCCCAGAAUUCAUUGAAGAAGACUUGGAUCCAGUUGAGAUGCCUGACCUGGACAUGUCUGAGUUUUCCGGUUCUGACGCUGAAGAAGAUGAGAGCCAAGAUGAAGAUGAGCCCAGUGUUGAGCCGGUCAAUGGAGAGACAGAGGUUUCAGAGGCCACAACCUCUCAAACCGAGGAAGGAAAUGGCACCAAGAGUUCACGGACGGUCAUACGUGAGCUUGACGAUAAAAUCGCAAAGUACAAGCAGUUCCUGGACAAAGCCAAAUCCAAACGCUUCUCUGCAAUCCGGAUACCUAAGGCCCUUUCUGACAAAGCGAUCACAGACAUCAGAACUAAACAAGCACCGAAAAACAGCUGUCCGGUGACAGCUGAAAACCAGAGUAGUAAGAAGAGGAAAGCUGAGGAAGAUGAGGAGUCCACACAACAGUCCAGACUGACAUCUAAACAAAGAAGAGCAUUGGAACGUGCCAACAAGGUGAAGAAAGUUGGUGCGCGUUUUUAUGAAACACACAACGUAAAGAAUAAGAACAAAAACAGAAAGAUACCAGCAUCAGCCACGCAGGGUCAGAGGGCAAAAAGAUCAAAGCACUAAUGAGAUCGACAUAAAAGAAACAUCCAUGCAAAUAUAUGCAAGAAAUGUUUAUUUAAUUUGACCAAAAAGGUUACUUUACUAGUGACAGGUUAAGAAAAAGAGUGACGCUCAGAGUUGAACUGUGUUUAUCAGGGUGCCUUGUUGAUAUCUUCCUUAAACACAAGGAAAUGACUGUAUUCUCUUUUCACUUUUUCCACUUCAAACCAGAACUGUUUUGCAAUAACAUUUUGUUCAUCAAUUACUUGUGCACCGCUCUCUUGACAUUCAAGAGAUGUGUUCAGUUGUUGUUGAUAUAAGUGUACUUGUCAUGUCAUUCUCUCAAGAAAAAUAAAAUGUUCAGAAUUCA